UGCAAAUUUUGAAGGAUUAAUUAUGCAGACUUCUUUAACAACGUCUACAGAGCAUAGUGACAACACAGUAUUUGACUAUAACAGCUCUGAUUAUCCCACUGACUAUGACAAUUUUUGUGAUAAAGAAGAACUAAAUGUAUUUAAUAAAGCUGUGACACCUGUAGUUUAUUGUCUGAUAGCAAUUCUGGGACUAUUUGGAAACACGCUGGUCCUCUGGAUUCUACUGAAGUAUGAAAAUGUACAGUCUGUAACAAGUGUCUUCAUCCUGAAUCUUGCCAUAUCAGAUUUGUUUUCCUGUUUGUUACUACCUUUUUGGAUUGUAUAUCAUCUCAGAGGAUGGAUCUUUGGAGAUUUUGCCUGUAAAAUUAUUGGAUCUGGUUUCUUUGUUGCAUACUACAGUGGCAUCUUUUUUCUGUCAUUGAUGAGUAUUUAUCGGUGCUAUGCUAUAAUUUGUCCAGUAUCGACCAUUAAAGAAAAGAAUUGGGUAUAUUGUGUCUUACUGUGCGUGGUCACAUGGGUCAUCAGUUUUUUAGCAGUUCUUCCACAAGCAGUCUUUCACAAAGUUUACACAGCUCAUGACUUUAUGCACUGUGAUUUCAGAGAGGAACAAGAACCAUUUUUCUGGACUUGUUUUGCAUAUUACUUUCAAAAUGCAUUAUUUUUUACAUCUUUCAGCAUAAUUUUGUACUGCUAUACAAAAAUACUGAAAACUCUGUGUCGCUGCAAAAUGCGACAAAGACCCAGAACUGUAAAACUUAUUCUCAAUAUUGUGGUUGUGUUUUUUGUGACUUGGGCACCUUAUAAUGUUAUGAUUUUUAUAAAGGCACUAGAAUUACAACAUCUGAUAAUCUCCACCUGUGAAAGUGAAAAACAAUUUGAUUAUUUUUUUAUCAUAUCCCGUAGCAUUGCACUUUCACAUAAUUGUAUGAAUCCUGUAUUUUAUGCAUUAGUUGGAGAAAAAUUUAGGAUGCAUUUGUUUAACAUGCUUUGCAGAUUUUUAAAAUGCCUUGGUAGUAAGCAGUCUACUUUAUCUAAGAUGAACAAGCGGAUCAGUUAUUACUCAGAUGACCCAUCAUUUUUCUGAGUAAAAGAACUACUUUGUUGUUGUUACUGAAGUAUUGCUACAAAAUACACAGAAUACACAUAUUCACAUCAUUUUUUCUUAGAUAAGGUAAAAAUGAGGCAAUUCAAACCAUUAAUUUGUAGAAAUACUAGAGCAAGGAGCAGUGAGUGUCUAAUAAAAUGUACUUAGUAAGCUAACAAUAUAGCUUAAGAUUGACUUCUUUGAAAUGAUUGGACAAAGAAUUAAGUGUCAGCAGCUUCUAUGAGUUUGUCCAUUUUUUCAUUACAAAUAAGAAUUUCUAUUAAUAACGGCUGUCUCUAGGUAUAAAAUGGCUGUCUCUAGGUAUAAAAUUGCUUAAUCUGUAUCUGUAGCAUGAGGGGCUAUACUACUGUUGUGUGUAUUCUUCAGUAUAUGAGUAUACUGUAGAGAAUGGAUUAUUUGCGUUCUGUGUGUAACAAGGAUAUAAUGGCCAAUAAAAUUGCUAUGAUCAUUCAAGAAAAUGGAAGUACUUUCUUUUAUAUAGAACAAACCAAUAGAGACCUAUUUCAGAUGCAACUGUACAAUCUGAUGUUAUGUUGGAAUUCAUUUAAAAGAAAAAUUUAAAUGAUAGUUUAAGAUGUAAAUUUCAGUUUGAUUCAGAUACAUAACAAAAUACAAUGCUCAUUACUGUAAAUGACUUUUUAUACAUUUCCUGUUCACACAAUUAUAGAAACAGCUGUAGUUCUACAUUAUUUAUUUCUGAUGUACAGCAUGGAUACUCACAAAAGUGCUGUCGGGAUUGAUGGCACUUGUGUCUGCUUACAAACCUGCAUUAUUAUAUGUUGGCCAAUACAGUCCCAAGUAAUAAGGUCUGUGAGGGGCAUCUAUUUCUACAUGUGUAAAAAAGGUCCAUAUAAUUAAAUGCUUUAUGAUUUUUUUGAAUGAUUCAGUGUUAAUUUUAGAAGGUUUCAUGCGCAUAUAUAAUUUUCUGUAUAUAAUGCAUUUCUAGACAAAAAUUGUUUUCUUGAUUAUUAGUUCAGGACAAACAAACUGGAAGAUAUAAUAAAAUAAAGUUUUCAUAAAGCCGUGUAUCAAA